AUGAUGAAAGACAGUCCAGCUGAACCCCCAAAGCCUGCUGAGAAACCAAACGCACAACCUACGGAGACAAAACAAUCACAAAAGGCUAGGGUGGCUGAGCCUCAGUCUGGUUCAGAGAAAAGUGAUUCUGAUGGCGAAUCUGAUUCUGAAGAAGAGAAAAGUAUGGUCACUCCGGACGGACGAGUUCCAAUUUCUCCUGACGCCCUUCGCAUGCGAUGCAGACGCUUGUGUGAACGCAAGCCUAGCGGACGCCUGCAAGUUGAGGCAUCCAUGUCGGAUGCUUACAAAGCAGGAGGUGAGCAGAGGGAGGCGCUGGAAAUGACGCUGCUUGAGUCAUUGGCCACCCAUGGGCAUGGCCGGUCAUCCUACAAGAAGAUCAAGGCUGACUUUGUCAAGCGAUUUCGCUUGGUCAAAGAAUGCCUUGAGUCCCGAGAAAGCGAGGUGCACGGGAAGUGGAUGACGGAGGAGGCAAUGAAAAAAAGCGGCAAGUAUUCACAGACGGCCAUCAAGAAUAUUACUUCCUACUGCAGGAAGUUUCCUGAAAGCUUGAUGAGGGCUUGGAAGUACAAUGACAAAGUAUCAGAGUUCUAUGUCAUCACCGAUGACACCACCUUGCACAAGAAGGCUGAUACGACCCGGGACUUGGAAGAGACUGACCUUGGGGAGCCUUGGAGGAAUAAUCGAAUAUAUAAAAACAUGCCAGUUCGAAAUGUUUUUUUCCAGGCACAACUUAUAUAUAGAUGCAUGCACAUGCAUGAGUUCACCCAAUGCCCCAAACAAUCAGCAUGUGUUGCAAGGCUCUUCCCUACAUCCAUCAACAUGUUCUCUUGCAAAUAUAGGGCUUGA